GCCAGUGCUUGGGAACACAGCAGCACUUCCUCGCUGGACCUCUGGACCAUGGACAGGGACCCGAAGGAAGAGGACAGUGUGGGGGACCUCAGUUUUGAGGCUGAGAGCCCUCUGGAGCCCCCCACUGAACUCCUGGAGAGACUGCCCAGCUAUGACUACCUUCUCCAGAGGGGCAAUCGGCAGGUAUUCUUUCCACCUUCAGAGGCCCUGGGGAGGCCGCCGGAGCCACCAUCCUGGUCCUCCAUCCUGGAACACAGAGUCCCUGUGAUUACGGAGGCGGUAGCCCGGGAGGCCCUCCUCAGCUUUGUGAACUCCAGAUGCUGCUACGGCCGUGCAGCUGCCAGUGACCUCAUCAUCCAGGAGCUGAGGCAGCAGACCCUCUGCAGGGUAAGGGGCUGGCAGGGGACCAUGGAUGUUGGGAGGGGUAGGGUUUGGACUGUACAGCCUCUGUCUAACCACUCAGUUGACGGGCCACAGAGAGGCACCUCACCCAAGCUCUGGGACAUCCAGGUCCAGGUCCCUGCCAUGUUCCAGGAGGACACCAGGAAGUCCCAAGUGCCUCACUCCUCCCUGGUCAAGGACUGCCACAAGUGCUAUGGGCGUGGACGGUACAAAUGCAGCAGCUGCCACGGGUCUGGCAUGGUGAGGUGCCCAGCAUGCAGUGGAGCCAAGCGAAAAGCCCGGCCACCCCGGAGGUGUCCCCUGUGCUCGGGCUCCGGCAGGCGCAGAUGCAGCGUGUGCUCCGGGAGUGGGAGCAAGGCAUGUGCCACCUGCCGUGGGGAGCGGAAGCUGGUGCACUUUGUGCAGCUGGUCACCACAUGGAGGAACAGCCUGUUUGAGUUUGUGUCUGAGCCGCACCUCAACUGCCCCAGGGAGCUCCUGGGGAAAGCCAAAGGAGAAAACCUCUUCAAGGAUGAGAACUCGGCGGUAUACCCCAUUGUGGACUUCCCCCUGCAGGAGAUCUCCCUGGCCUCCCGCAGGGGCAUCCAGGAACACAGUGCUGCCGUGGCCUCCCGGGGCCGCAUCCUGCAGCAGCGCCAGACCAUUGAGCUGGUCCCCCUCACAGAAGUUCAUUACUCGUAUCAAGGAAAGGCUUCUGUCUACUAUGUCUACGGCACUGACCAUCAGGUGUACGCGGUGGACUACCCUGAGCGCUACUGCUGCGGCUGCACCAUCGUUUGACCACACAGCUGUCCCGGGGGCCCAUCCUUGUCUGCAGGGGGUUAGGGGGGCAUUGCUGAGGCCUGAGCUUGGGUGUGGUUGGUGACAACCACAUGCAACAUACAACCCCAGUGUCCUUCUAGAAAAGGCAGCUGAUCCUGUUUCACUGGCCCACAAGAAUUUGCCUGCAUCCAUUCCUCUGGCAUAGGAGAGGGAAGCAGUUUAAAUGGCGUGUUUUGCCUCACUUUCUCAGCUCUGAAACCUAUGCCCAGUAGAUGAUGUGUUUCACCUCAGAGUUCCUUCUUUCAGUCUGUGUUGAGGGCCCCUGCCAUCGGCCCAGCAGGGGAUGCUACUAAGGCCUCUGAAAGUAGACAGGGGAGGCAUCCAAGUUCCAGCUGGAUCUUCAGUCUCUUUUCUCCCUGCACCCCAAGGAGAAGGACCUGGAAGGCUGGGGGAGAUAGACCACACCCAAAGCAUGAGCGAUAGAUAUGCGAAAGAGCCCUGCAACCUCCUGAUUGUAGGUCCGCAUGUUCUGUUGUCUGCUGCUGCUCCCCCCAUCAGGGCUGAGCCUUACGGAUGGACAGACAGUGUCCAUGGUGACUGGCUUGUUGCCAAGAGCAGCAGGGUUUGGAAUGAGGCUACCCAGUUCCCUUGAACAUCGCCGAACCCAAGGGGAACAGCACUGGGAGAUGAGUGUCUUGACCUGGGCUCAGCGUGUGGAGGAGGCCAAGGGCCCCAGGAGACAAAUGCUGGGGUUGAUCGAUGGACAGCGGGCACAGGCAGCAGCUACUCCCUGAGGACAGAAUGCGGUGGCGUGGGAGAAGUUUCCCAGGCAGAGCUUGUCUGUCCUGCUGUACCUCCCUGCGCUCCUAUCUGAGAGGUGCUUGUCCCUCAGGCAUUGCUCAAAGGAUUGGAUGGGACACUAUGGGCAGGUGGUGGCUGCAUCCAGACAAGUGAUUGUUAAGUGGUGGUUGGGGACACCAUAGAGCGAAGCCAUUUCCCUGUGGCACAUGACACAAACAUCCCUUUCACAUUCUAUUAGUUACACACAAAAGGCUAAUCAAUUACUAUUGGAAUGCUAAUUUUUAUUUUAUAUUUAGCUUGUUGAUUUUUCCCUAUAUGUAUUAUUUGAAGUGACUUCUGAUGGUCUACUCUUAAUUCAGAUUUAUGCAUCAUAAGUGGAUUGAACUAGCUGAUGAUUUUCUUACUGUUCCUCAUGUGGGGAGUCUAAG